ACGACCAUGUUCACCGGGAUCAUAGAACACUUGGGCAAUGUCCAGGCUAUUACCGAGCUGGACACCACCGAAUCCGGAGGCUCUGGCUUCUCCAUCACCAUCAACGAAUGUGCAAGCAUUCUUGAUGACUGCCACAUCGGCGACUCCAUCUGUGUCAAUGGAGCAUGCUUGACUGUGACGGAAUUCUUCCUAGAGAACGGUGGCAGCUUUAAAGUUGGAUUAGCACCGGAAACCUUGGAGAGGACAGAUCUUGGCGAGCUUGAAGUCGGGCACAAGGUUAACCUCGAACGCGCUAUGGCUGCACAUACCCGAUUUGGUGGACAUUUUGUGCAAGGUCACGUGGAUGAAACCGCUACUAUCCUCUCGAUGACGCCAGACGAGAACUCUCUGCGCUGCGUCUUCCAGCUCCCUCCACCAACACCCGAACGGCCAUCAUUGAUGCCAUACCUUAUUCCAAAGGGCUAUGUCUGUCUCGACGGCACUUCUCUGACACUCACCCAAGUCGACGACUCAGAGCGAACGUUCGGCGUCAUGCUUAUCGCGCACACGCAGAGCAAGAUCGUUUUGCCACUGAAGAUGCCUGGGAUGAAGGUCAACGUCGAAGUGGAUAUGGUAGGUAAAUAUGUCGAAAAGGCUGUUCUGGCCGCUCUUGGUGGGUCUCAAGGCGUGGAGAACCGUGUAGAGCAGAUGGUGGAGAAGAUUCUCGAGACGCGCAAAUAAAUGUUGUGUGAAGUAUCCAGCGGUUCCACGGGCAAAUUCACUGCUUUUGGUUAAGG